CUCACUUCAGGGUUCACUAUUUCUUCUCCCAAACCCAAACCAUAACAACAAGUGUUUGAUUCUCUUUCUCUCUCUUCAGUGAAGGUCGCAGCUCAGUGUAUCCUUGGCGCUCACAAGCCUAAUCUUGAUUAAUGGUUAGUGUGUCAACGACCAGGUGAUUUGAAUCUUAGUGUCUUUAUUUUCCUCUGGUAUUGAUUAGAAAGUGGUUGAGGGGAGAUCAUGGCAUCAAAAAGGGAAAGGGAAAGUGGUGGUAAUAAGGUAGAGGAGGAAGGGCUUGAUUUUGAGUCGAAAAGGCAAAGGCUGGAUGAGGAUUCUUCCCCCUCUCCUCCUCCUGUCUCUGUUGCAAAUCCUCUUUCUGGGUUGGCCAAUAAUUAUGCUGACAUUGAUGAGGAAGAAGAUUAUUAUAGAAGGGGAAGGGGUACUAUUGGUGAGCGGAGGAAUGAUGGGUCCCAGCAUAAUGGGCAUGGAUAUGAAGAGGAUGAUGAUAGUGAUGAUUCACGUGAACAACUAUUUGGUGGAAGAAACAGUCGCCAGGUUGAGGUUCGAAAGGACUGUCCUUAUCUUGAUACUGUUAAUAGACAGGUUUUGGAUUUUGACUUUGAGAAGUUCUGUUCUGUUUCUCUGUCAAAUUUAAAUGUGUAUGCUUGCUUGGUUUGCGGGAAGUAUUACCAAGGGAGGGGGAAGAAGUCUCAUGCCUAUACACAUAGCCUGGAAGCAGGACACCAUGUUUAUAUCAAUCUCCGGACUGAAAAAGUCUACUGUCUUCCAGAUGGUUAUGAAAUUAAUGAUCCUUCAUUAGAUGACAUUCGGCAUGUCUUAAACCCAAGGUUUACUGGAAAAGAAGUUGAACAACUUGACAAAAAUAAGCAGUGGUCUAGAGCACUUGAUGGUUCGAGUUACCUUCCUGGAAUGGUGGGACUUAAUAAUAUCAAGGAGACUGAUUUUGUGAAUGUAACAAUUCAAUCCUUAAUGAGAGUUACCCCCUUGAGGAAUUUUUUCCUUAUCCCUGAAAACUACCAACACUGCAAAUCCCCACUUGUUCAUCGAUUUGGUGAACUCACUAGGAAGAUCUGGCAUGCACGGAACUUUAAAGGACAGGUCAGUCCACAUGAGUUUCUGCAAGCAGUGAUGAAAGCCAGUAAAAAACGUUUUCGGAUAGGGGCACAAUCUGACCCAGUUGAGUUCAUGUCGUGGCUUCUUAACACGCUACAUGCAGAUCUUAAAUCUUCAAAGAAGAAUAUCAGCAUAAUUUAUGAGUGUUUUCAGGGCGAACUUGAGGUUGUAAAAGAGAUUCCUAACAAAGUAAUCACUGAUAAGAAAGAAAACAAUGAGAACCAAAACAACACUGAUAAACUUUCAGAUGGGGGAACUGAGAGAUAUGCAUUUGUCAAAGAAACUUCGAAAAUGCCAUUUCUGAUGUUAGGGUUGGACUUGCCGCCACCACCACUUUUCAAGGAUGUCAUGGAGAAAAAUAUAAUACCUCAGGUUCCACUCUUCAACAUACUAAAGAAGUUUGAUGGUGAGACUGUCACUGAGGUGGUCCGUCCUCAUACAGCAAGGAUGCAGUAUCGCGUUACCAGAUUGCCCAAGUAUCUGAUUCUACACAUGCGUCGAUUUACUAAGAAUAAUUUUUUUGUUGAAAAGAAUCCUACAUUAGUCAACUUUCCUGUGAAGAACCUGGAAUUGAAGGAUUACAUUCCCUUGCCAACACCAAAAGAAAAUGAGAGAUUGCGAUCUAAAUAUGAUUUAAUUGCCAAUGUUGUUCAUGAUGGCAAACCUGGUGAAGGAUUCUAUAGGGUAUUUGUGCAACGCAAAUCAGAAGAACUAUGGUAUGAGAUGCAGGAUUUACAUGUGUCGGAAACACUUCCUCAUUUGGUUGCACUUUCAGAAACUUAUAUGCAGAUAUAUGAGCAGCAGCAGUAAAUACUGAGUACAAAUCCUUUAGUGAGAGCGACAAGACCUGAAGCACAGUGUUGCUUAAGAAUUGAGAAUAUGAGACGUGCACUUAUAGCAAAUUGGUUAACAGGCAGGGAUUGAGUUUUUUUGUUUGUUUUUUUUUUCUGUGAGGGGGUGUGAUUAGUGAAGCUGUCUAAGCACGUAACAGGAAUUUCUUUAGCAUUCAACUUUGAUGGUUCAUAAUAUACUGAUAUAUUGCAUAGCCCUGAGGGACCCAGUUGAAUUUUUUUUUGUACUUGAGCUGAUAGGUUACCUGAGUAACUCAUGGAAUAUCCAAUAAGGUUAUUCCUGAUUUAAGUUGCAUUGCUUUAACAUAUUCCAUUCCCCUUCAGAGGCGGUUUAGGAAGAGGUUGAUUGUAAUGUUUGGUGUCUUUUAACAAUGUACGAGUCUGCGGUAUAAUUUUUUGUUGGCACUUAAUGCAAACCUACAGACAAUAGUUGAUAUCAUUGUGCUAGUGGAUUGUUAG